AUGCAGCAAGACGGCGUUGAAACUGGCAGCUUCGAGGCUGAAGCUAUUAAGGAACAAGAAGGAAGUGCCGGUGCUUCGCCUCUGUGUCGGAUUGAACCCUCUUCAAGAAAUAUCUCAACUCAAAGCGGAGGUUAUCUUGGUUGCUGUGUUAAAUCACAACCAAUUAUUGCGGUGGAUGAACCAUCAAAAGGAUUGAGAAUUCAAGGACAAGUGGUGAAGAAACCAAGUAUUUCAGAAGAUUUUUGGAGUACCAGCACAUGUGAUAUGGAAAACAGCCAAGUUAAAUCUCAGAGAAGCUUAUCAUCGAUUAGUUUAUCAAAUCAGAGCCUCAAUCAGUACAGUGGCACUGGAAGCACAAGCAACUGUUUUGAGUUUAUAAAUCAUGUUGGAAUGCAAAUUAUGAAAGCUUAUUGGGCACUAGCAAGCGUUUCCCUCAGCCAAUUCCUCUCUCUGAAAUGGUCGAGUUUCUUGUGGAUAUAUGGGAACAAGAGGGAUUGUAUGGUUGAGAAAGAUGGUUGGUGA